UACGGGCGCAACGCGUCGGUUGGGCGUGCUUACUUCGGUAGGGGUAGCGGCUCUGUUCUGAUGUCCAAUGUUCGCUGCAGUGGCAGUGAAAGUCACCUCCAUGAGUGCCCGUUCGACGGUUGGGGUGCUGGAUCAAAUCACGUGCUGGACGCGGGUGUUGUCUGUCAGAUAGACUACGAUUUCCCUGUCCGGCUUCAUGGUGGGACAUCAGAACGACAAGGUGUCCUCCAGAUCAACUUCCAAGGAAUUUGGGGAGGCGUUUCUUAUGACAACUGGGAUGCCUUGAUAGACGACGCUGUUGUUUGCCGUGAGCUGGGAUUCCACGGGCCAACCCUGUCAUAUUCGAUUUAUCAGCGCCAGCCUCUAUAUUUUGGGGGUGUUGAGUGCGUUGGUGAUGAAAUUGCUCUUGACGACUGCUCAUCAGGUGGUUGGUUAGCAGCUAGGAGUGUCCGGAGUGUUUUCGUUUCUUGUCAAAUUGAGGAUGAAGCAUUCCUGGCAGUUCGCCUUGUCGAUGGACUGUCAAGUAAACAGGGGCGUUUGGAGGUUAACUAUGGUGACUCGUGGGAGAACGUGAACGAUAACUACUGGGAUGACGCUGCGAGCAGCGUUGUCUGUAGACAACUAGGCCAUUUUGGACAAAAUGUAACUGUCUCACAGAACUUCUUUGGGGAUGGUGGAAAACCUGUAAUGAUGCCAUACAAGUUUGACUGCAGAGGUGACGAGCCCACCCUGGCCGACUGCCAGAUGAUGAGUGUCAGUGAAUCCUCUGGAUUUGCAGUUGGGAUAGUGUGUCAGGCAGAUGAGUACCACCCAGUGAGACUUGUUGGCGGUCCUUCGAACACGUCAGGAUUAGUCGAGGUUUUCUUCAAUGGAAACUGGGUGGCCGUAUGCCGAAACUAUGAUAGCGUGGACCAAACAUACGGUCGUGUCAUCUGCAGACAAUUGGGUUACGACGGAUCAAGUGUGCUGGCGAAUGAAAGGUUCUUUGCGGGCGGGCAUGGAGCUUUGGACAUGUACGGCAUGAAUAACAUCCACUGCAGUGGAAAUGAGACUAAGCUGACUGAUUGCACCUUUCGUGGCUGGGGAGUUCUUCCAUGUCCUUCCCACACUGUUGGCGUUAUGUGCCAAGCAGAUGAAUACCAGGUCCAAAUCGCACAUGACGAAUUGCCAGUGACGGCUGGCCGUGUUGAGGUUAUGCUUCACGGUCGGUGGGGAACUAUAUGCUCUGACGGUUGGGAUAAGAUGGAUGCCAGCGUAGUGUGCCGUCAACUGGGCUAUAUCGGUCCUAGCAUCUUCCUGGCUAUUCUUUACCAACGGGAGGUACAUGUACCCUCUCAUCUAACCAACGUUGACUGUACAGGUGAUGAGGCAAAUCUUGCGGACUGUUCUCUGGGUCCUUUGGGUGCAUCCUGUCUUUACGUUGCUGGUGUAAAAUGCCAAGCAGAUGAUGACUUUCCUGUCAGACUUGUUGACGGUUCAUCCGCUACAGAAGGCCGCGUAGAAAUAUUUGUCAACGACGAGUGGCGUACAGUGUGUGACCGAAGUUGGAACAGCAACGCGGCCCGAGUGGUGUGCAGGCAGCUUGGUUACACCAGCGGCUUGAGCGUAGCCGUUGUGGGGCUAAUCUUUGGACAGGGCGUAACCUCUCAGCAACUAAUCGGUGUGAACUGCAGUGGGGAAGAGAAUAGACUGAUUGAUUGUAUAUCAGAGCCUGAUUAUUUCUGUCCUCACUUUUCAUAUCAACAUGCAGGUGUCAUCUGCCAAGCAGACGAAGAUUUCUCAAUUCGUUUGGUGAAUGGCUCGAGCCCAAGAUCGGGUCACGUGGAAUUGUUCUUCCAUGGACAGUGGAGCAGCAUCUGCAAUUACGGCUUUACUACGUCUGAUGCUGACGUUGUUUGCAGACACCUUGGCUACCGGGGGCCCAAUAUUGCAUUUCUUGGCAACGUCCCUGAGGAGGAGUUACGCCCAUUACAAAUUUCGCUUGAAGCGUGCCAUGACCCUGACCCUAGACCUACACUAGCAGAGUGCCUUGUGGAGCAAAAUGUCCCCGGCUUGUACUCUUGUAAUCGGAAUGCUGCCUUGGAAGUCAUAUGCCAAUCAGAUGAAACCUUUCCAGUUCGUCUUGUGGACGGUAUGUCCUAUGCCUCUGGACGAGUUGAAAUAUUCUUCAGAGGUCAGUGGGGAACUGUCUGCUCCUCCGGAUGGGGCAUCAAUGAUGCAACAGUCAUCUGCAACCAGUUGGGCUUCGACGGAGCAGAAGCCCCAGUCUACUAUUCCCUCUUCGGACGGGGUAGCGGCCCUGUUUGGCUGAGAUCCCCCCAGUGCAUUGGUAAUGAGACCAGACUGGCUGACUGUCCAAUCUCAGCAUGGGGGACAGCGCACCCAUGCCAAGAUACCGCAGGCGUGAUAUGUAAUGCGGCAUUCGGAAGUACCUGCCCCCCUCCAGAGGUUUCAUCAGUUGGGACUGGACUCCCUACAAUCGAGGUGGUCAUUCCUCCUGAACACUCAGUGGCCAACGUAUCUUGGACUCAGCCAACCGCUGUCAACUUGCCUGGAAGUUAUGAGGAACAAACAACUUGUCAGUCCAUUGAUGACAGCGCCCCCCCAAGGCCGUGUGCGAGCGGCGACGCGUUUGGCGUCACUUACAAUCCCCUGGUCAGGUACAACAAUUUGACAAGGGUGGAGGUGGCGGUUGGUCCAAACGGCACGGAGAAUAAAAGUCACCGAUGCACGUUUUACAUAUCUGUUCGAGUCAAAAACUUCAGCCCAAGCAUAGGAGGAUUGCUACCGAGGCUUCCUGUCCACUACCCAGAAUUUCUGUUUUCCGACUCAAGCCCAGGUAACUGCUCAGAGGAUGUGACCAGUAACCCUCAAUUCGGGUCGCUGUUGUGGCCCUCAACUGAAGCUGGCUCGAUGGUGGAAUCAACGCAGAAGUGUGCCCCAUUUACGUCCCACGCUGGAAAUCCUGUCGCCACAAGGAACUGCUCAUUAAACGUUCAGCAAGGUAUAGCAAGAUGGAAGGAGCCUCAUUAUCACAGUUGUGGAGAACAACAAAACGGGUCACUCUCAGAUGAAGUGCGCAAGAACGUGCUGGUUCCAGAUGCAGUGAAAGCGCAAGAGGUUUACUUGAAGCUAAUGUCUUUGAAGCUGCGGAUUGAUGAUGAUCUUUCCACUGGCAAUGUCAGUGAAGUGUCUCACAUCUUGCACGACAUUGCUAGCUCAAACGUCGGGACCCCAGAGGUUACCUUUCAAUUCUUAGAUGCUACCAACAAGAUAAUUGGCCUUUUAAGGAAUCUCGAAGCAUCCAGUAGCGUAGAGGCGGGCAAGCUCACCUCCAUCGCUCAGUCCAUCGAGGCACAGGUCUCUGUUGCUCUUCGACAGCAGGGCACGGUCAGCAUUCAGAUGGAUUUCAUCCAAGUGGAAACAGUCAGGCUUAACUCCUCCGAGGUGGAGAGUGGUCUCAACUUCACACUGGUGCGUCAAGAUGAUCUCCUGUCCUCAGUCGAAUCAACGUCAGAGGAGACUGGUGCCUUUGCUGGGGCCGAGGUCAGAGUUUAUGAGAAGACAGGGGACCUGCCACCUGGAAUGAUUGCAGCAGUCAGUCUACCGUCUAAUCUCUCAGCACUGAACAAGACAGUGAAUGGCAACAGCUCGCUAAGGCCGAUUGCUGCCCGUUUCAUCGCCUUUGCUGACGACACUUUGUUUCCAUCUUCUCGUACAAUGAGAAAGUCCCAAUCAAGCAAGGGAAUCAGGUCACUGAUUCCUGGUGCCAUAGUCUCCCUUUCUGUGGAGGAUGUAGAACUUGUGAAUCUAACUGAACCCGUAGUCGUUCAGUUUCAGCUUCCUGAGAUGACCAAUGUGAAAGAAGCUGUCUGCGUGUUCUGGGACUUCACUUUAAAGAACGGAGUCGGCGAUUGGUCAAACGCUGGAUGCGAGUUGCAUGGAGUGACUAAUGGAAUAUACAAAUGUCUUUGUAACCAUGCGACCAACUUUGCAGUGUUUGUUGAGCUACAGGAGGAAUUGAAGUCGUAUCAUCGUGGAUUAAACCCAAUCACCCAGAUAGGCUGUAUUGCCUCUGCUGGAAUGUACAUGGCAAUCUUACUUAUGUACAUACCAUUAAGGAACCUGCGCCAAAGGAAGUCUGGCCAAAUGUUUUCCCAGUUUAUCUUCGCACUAUUGAUAAUGUACACGGUGUUUGUGGCUGGAGUUGACAAUGCAAGGGGUUCAACAUACGGUUGUGUUAUUGUGAGUGCGUUGCUGCACUAUUUACCCCUAGCCACGAUGAUGUGGACAGCCGUUGAGGCAAGAAAUAUGUAUACCGUAGCACUACAUGGGCAAUCAACGGAGGAGUACAAACACUUCAUGAUCAUAGCUAGUAUUGUGGCUUGGGGAUUACCAUUGAUAGUGACCGGUAUUCCGCUGAUCGUUGCAACUGACCAGUACGGCAAUGCUGAUUACUGCUUUUUAGCCCCAAAUCUGGCGAUGUACUUCAGCCUCCUCCUACCGAUCUGUCUGAUCCUGGUCAACAACUUGGUCCACUAUGUUCUGGUGGGGCACAUACUCGGCAAGUCGAAGAAGGAACCUUCUCUCGGGCAGUUGAAGAGAUGCCUUGUGGCAGCCAUAGGGAUCUGCAACCUGACAUUAGGAACCUGGUGCCUAGGGCUUCUGUCCUUGUAUUUUGCGACAGACGUCUUGUCAAUCAUCUUCUGUGCCCUCAGCUGUGUCCAGAUUGCUCUUGCCUGUUGCAAAGUAAGUCUGCUGAUGAGGGGGAGCUCGGAAGCACCUAAGACCCUCACUAUCAAGAAGGAUCAGAAUGAAGCAAGUGAGGAUAACCCAUCAGUUUCCCCGUCCAACAUCAGCAUCAGUUUGCCCACUUUGUUGGGUGCGGCCGUGGAACCGGAAUCAAAUCCCGCCGAAGUCCUUGAAGGGAAUGACUCUGUGUGUGACAUGUCCCUGUAAGCAACAGUAAUCAAGAGCUGAGCCUGAUGAAUUGUAAAACAAUUUUCAUACUGUCUGUAGUGGAACUUCAGUAGUAUUAAUUACGCUGACCUAUUUAUAACACCUAAGUGUUGAACACGUCAGAAAUUGUUUAAUGUCAAAUGUUCAGUGUUGUUUUGACAGUAUAUGGGACAUUGUAAUUCACUUUUGAAAUUAAAAAAAAUAGUCGAUAAGUUUUGAAAGAUUUGCAACUGCACCUUAAUUGAGUGUCUCUCAGUCUGGAUUUAAAUCAGCCGAAAUAAGUAUAUGACAAUUUCUGUUGAGGUGUUGAAUUUUCAGGUCAAUGUAAUGCUCACAUACACUCUUCGGGGACAAGUUGAUUUCACACUAUUUAAUAGAUGCAAGGCUGUCAACAUUGAUUCGAAAGUGACUGUAAGAAAAUCGAUAGCCGCUCACUGGUGGUUCAUAACUAUAGGUUUUCCCAGCCAAUUUUGGAAAAUGGGCUGUUUAAUUUGUAGAAUAAAAAUUAAAUUUGGCGUGGAUUUUGAAAACGACUUAAAACCUGGUUUCAUUUUCGUAAUACAAGCAUUCGACUUUGUUUUCCAUCUUUCAAACGAAUGUGCAUUGUGUUUCAUUUAAGAGGUUACAGAUAAGUGAGUAGGAUUUCAAUUUGACAUAUUCGUUGUCAGUUGUAGCCAAUGUGCAAUGUUAUUCACUGAAAAUCUGUCUUUAACCGUAAACUGUCGGUAUUGAGUAUUCAUUUUCAUUUGCUGUAAUUCAAAUUCACAAAAUUUGCAUUCCAUUUGAUUGGAAAUAUACAGGGUUACAGAAAUCAUGACACCACUUUGAUAAUGAAUGUAAUGUUACUCAUGAAGGAUUAUAGUGUGUUUGUCAUCAAACUGUACACCAACUGAAAUAAAGUCUAUGAUUUUUCUGUAUCUUCCCGUUCAGCCACUGCAAGAAGGCCAUGCGUGAAUUUUGAUUUUGACAAAAAUGUAGCACAAGAAGGAAAGGUUACCUCAGCGUCGGUGUUUGUAAAGGAUUGGUACAAUAGUUAGUAUGUUUUUAAAGACGACAUGAAUGACCUAUUUCAGUCGUGAAUAUUCAAACAUGUAACCAUUCAACUAAGCCCUUCUACACAUAUAACUUUUGUUAGCACACAAAAGUAUUCUAAUUCUUGAACAGGCAUACCUUUAGAUAACACUUCGCGCGAAAUCGCCUGCGCAUUUUGCAAAAUCGAUUGAAUUCAAAUUAAGAUGAAUGUAGGAUUGCGGAGGUACAUUUGAUUUCGCGCAAAAAUGACUGAAUGUCAAUAUACUGUACUCUAUAUAUACAUUUUUCUAUUCCGGGAUCGUGAGGACUGAUGCUUUUCUUUUCAGAGUUGUGUGAGCGUCCGAUAAUGUUUACAAAUACAGUGUACAUGUGUACUUACACUCAGGCUCGGUACUGUGUUGUUUGGUGGUAAGUUGACCCCCCCUUAACUUGAAUUCCUUACCCAAUUAAUUGGCAAGCGAAUUGUUUCGUUGUGAUUAAAAUUUUGGUAGUUUGAACGUAAAACUGUUAAGUGUUGGUGAGAAUUGAACUGCCUUAGUAAUAGCCGGAAUGUAAUUACUUAAAGCAAAUAUUUGUAUGCAGAGGACGAAAAGUCUGCUGAAAACAGCUGUACACUGAGCCAAUCUAUUGAGGGCUCUAUUACACCUCGACUGGUACCAUUUUUGUCAUGCAGUUUCAAAUUUCUAAUCGUAGCAGGUGCGUGACACUGGUCUGUCAUUACAUUCAUCAAAUAUUGUACCUGUACAUGUGAUCAACAUAAUAUUGAAUUCAAAUAUGGAUUAUUUGAUGAAGCUUCAAAAUGCCACAUCUCACAUUGCACAAUUUAAACGGCCAUCAUCGUCAAAAGUUACCUGUCACGAUAUGUAUGAAUAAUCUCGUGGUACUAGUAUAGUGACUUAACCCGUUAAUUUGCACUGAUUAAAUUAAUGAACACCAUAAAAUC